CAGACUUCUUCAGCGAGUGAAAGCCAGUGUUACUACAAUGAAACAAUAGCCUUUUUCUACAACCGGAGUGGAAAACCUCUAGCCACAGAAUGGCAUACUGUCAACAAGCUGGUGAUGGGACUUGGUAUCACUGUAUGUAUAUUCAUCAUGUUAGCCAACUUACUGGUUAUGGUGGCUAUUUACGUCAACCGACGAUUUCACUUUCCUAUUUAUUACCUAAUGGCAAAUUUGGCUGCUGCAGACUUUUUUGCAGGACUAGCUUACUUUUACUUAAUGUUUAACACGGGUCCUAACACUAGAAGAUUAACUGUGAGCACUUGGCUGCUUCGGCAGGGUCUGAUCGACACUAGCUUGACAGCUUCUGUAGCCAAUUUGCUGGCGAUUGCCAUAGAAAGACACAUUACAGUAUUCAGAAUGCAGCUGCACACCCGGAUGAGCAACAGAAGAGUGGUUGUUGUCAUAGUAGUCAUCUGGACAAUGGCUAUUGUAAUGGGAGCUAUACCAAGCGUUGGAUGGAAUUGUAUCUGUGACCUUGAGCACUGUUCCAAUAUGGCUCCUCUCUACAGUGAUUCCUACUUGGUGUUCUGGGCCAUUUUCAACUUGGUUACAUUUGUGGUGAUGGUAGUUCUCUAUGCGCAUAUAUUUGUGUAUGUUCGACAGAGGACUAUGAGAAUGUCAAGGCACAGUUCUGGGCCUAGGAGAAAUCGUGACACAAUGAUGAGUCUUUUGAAAACGGUUGUCAUUGUAUUAGGUGAGUACUUUACCCUUCUUUAA